ACAAUUGUCAAUAAAAAAAAAUAAAAAAAGCAACCGGUCAAUGUGAUUGUUUGUCAAUAAAACAAACUUGCCAAAUAAUUAAAAGCAUAAUAAUCGUCAAUAAUUAAUUGACAUAAACCUCUACCAAUUAUAAAAAAUACAAAAAUUAAUCAACUAUGUUGUUUUAUUCAUUUUUCAAGUCAUUAACUGGCAAGGACGUUGUUGUUGAACUCAAAAAUGAUCUCAGUAUUUGUGGAACAUUGCAUUCAGUUGAUCAAUAUCUCAACAUUAAAUUAACAGACAUCAAUGUAAUUGAUACAGAUAAAUAUCCACACAUGUUGUCAGUAAAAAACUGCUUUAUUCGUGGCUCAGUUGUCCGAUACGUUCAGCUACCUGGUGAUGAAGUUGACACUCAACUUUUGCAAGAUGCUGCACGAAAAGAAGCUGUUGUACAAACACGAUAACAAUUAAAUUAUUAUUAUCAAAUAAUUUAUAUUUUUAUGUACAAAUAUUUUCAAUUUUCUUAAGUUUAUAAAAAAAAAAACAUUGGCAUAAACUUUGA